AUGUACAGCUCAAGUCCAGUGACCUACAACAUGGGAUGCAUUUCUUCGAAACUUGUGUCUAGAUCAUUGAGCUUUCAGGAAGAGCUGAAUAAGAGCAUGAAGAGAUCAGCUAAUGGUAUUUCUGCGCUCGAAGAAGCGGCCAUCUCUGGCAACAUCAACGACCAGUUCCUUGCUCUUGUUUGCACUGCCAACACCGUAGCCUGCCAAUACAGAUCUGGGAGUUUUUCAGACAAAUCCAACAAGCCAGUUGUCGAACCUGAUAUCACUCUAACGAAAACUAAAUGGGAAUUUAACUCAAGUCUGGAACAAGAAGGACUAGAAGCACGAUUGCUGCUCCCACAAAUCCCAAGCAUUGAUCUAACAAAAAGAUCAAGAAGCUGUCACUUGUUUUCAACGAAUGAAGUUUCCCGUCCUUCUGUAGAGAGUUUCCAUGGGCUUGAAGAAAACAAAAGGAAUCAGAAGGGAGUAGGGCGUGCAAAGAGUUUCCAUACGAUAGAGGAGUUCGAUGCCCUGAUUGAAAAAUUAAAGCUAUCUACGGAGCAGCAAAUAGGGUAUGAUGGUAAGGGUGACGGUUCAGGAACCAAGGUGCAGCUUAACCAUUUCCAAUCUUCAUAUCAUGCAUCUGACCAUACCAGGGAUGGUAAUGAUAUGCAGGAAAUACAUUCACACAUGAAGGAUAGAACUCCUCCAGAAGCGAACUCCAUCAUCGAAGAGAAUUCCACCUUAUCAACCUCGGAUCAAGUAAGUAGAAAACAGAUUACAAUUCCAAGUAGAUCAAAUACCACCACUGAAUCAGAAACCGUAGAGGAGUCUCCUCAACGACACAUGUUAAACGAAGGUGCUAGAAGGAAGUCCUUCGCAAAGAGGUUAGAAUCGCUUGAAAUUCCACAGGCCAUUGAAUUACCAGCCGUUGCAAGCCUUAGGGAAUGGCUCCGUGCUGGCGGACAAGUCUACUCUCCUGGUGCUUAUAUCACUCCGAAGUUUGGCAGCUAUUCCUUGCCGAUUUGUGGGACUCCAAAUGAAUGCAAUGAGGAGGCGAUUUUCAGUCCAGAUUUAGUGGCUGCUUCUGAGGAGAGCAUGGAACGACUUGAAGCAGAAGCAGAAAGUAUUCUCAAACAGAUUGUGCAGAACUUGGAGCAAGAAAGUACCGUGGAUAAGCAAGCCAAAGAUGAUUUUUUAUCUCACUCGAACUCCCCAGGCUAG